AUGAAAGGAAAAAGGAAACAAUCAACUUACGAAGCUUUAGGUAUGGCUCCAGUGGAAGAAGAGUAUUUUAGUGAUUCAAUCAAAGUUAAGCUAUUGGCAUUCAAGGCUAAUAGAGUAAAGAUAAGAUACGCUAAUACAUACAGACUGGAGUCACGUAAUAAAUUUCGGGAUUAUUUAGUAAGAGACAAAGCUCAAGCAAUACUAACGAAUAAACUUCAAGAAGCCAAAUACGAUGGAGUUUCUAGUCCUUCCUUGUGUGCUUCAAUCUCAGAAGAAAUAUUAAAGGCUGUGAAGGAAUUGGACUUUGACCGGUAUAAGUACGUGGUGUCAGUACUAAUUGUGGAAAAGGCAGGUCAGACAAUAAAUGUUGCCAGCAGAUGUGUCUGGGAUGUUCAAAGAGACACCUGGGUUUCAGCUAAAUGUGAGACUGAAACAUUUAUUGCACUGGCUUUGGUAAUGGCUUGUUAUUACGACUAA